AUUUCCGCGCCGCAGAUGUGGUGUGUGGACCCGCCUUAAGAUAUAAAUGAAAAAGUGAGGCUAAGAAAUCAUAACAAAACUAAUGGUAUUAAACAUUACGUAUAAUACGAAAUUUGUAUAACGUUUAGAAAUGUUGGAAGAAGUACAAAGGCAUUCUGUACACACUCUUGUGUUCAGGUCAUUAAAGCGGUCUCAUGAUAUGUUUUUGGCAAAUCAAGGGCUUUUGCCUCCUGUAGAUGAAAAAGCUGGAAUGAUCAGAAAGUUAAUUAAAGCAAGAGAUUCAUAUGGAAUGGUAUUUGAUGAUGUUAAAAAAAUGCAAGCAAUGAAGCAUCUUAGGGAAGCCGAAGCUGGGCCAAAUCCACCACCACCGGGAACUUCCGAGAACCAAAACGCUUCAUCAAAUGAUAAUGCAGUUGUUCCUUAUACAGAUAAUAAUUUAGUAGUUAGAAACCAACAGAAUGCUAAUCCCAAUCAGUUAGCUAAUAUUAUGAAAAAAGCUCCCACAAUGCCCAAACCUAAGUGGCACGCACCCUGGAAAUUAUACAGAGUUAUUGCCGGGCAUUUAGGUUGGGUUAGAUGUGUAGCAGUGGAACCAGGAAAUGAGUGGUUUGCUACAGGAGCAGCUGAUAGAAUAAUAAAAAUUUGGGAUUUAGCUACUGGUCAAUUGAAAGUAUCUCUUACUGGACAUGUAAGUACAGUUAGGGGUUUGGCAGUGAGUCCAAGACAUCCUUAUCUCUUCAGUUGUGGUGAAGAUAGACAAGUAAAAUGUUGGGAUCUGGAAUAUAAUAAGGUAGUUAGACAUUAUCAUGGUCAUUUAUCAGCAGUUUAUACUUUGUCACUACAUCCUACAAUAGACGUUUUAUUAACGGCAGGUAGGGAUUCAACUGCCAGAGUAUGGGAUAUAAGAACUAAAGCUAAUAUUCACACUUUAACUGGCCAUACACAUACGGUAUCUACAGUUAUUUCACAGGCAUCAGAACCGCAGGUUAUUACUGGAUCACAUGAUUCCACAAUUCGAUUAUGGGAUUUGGCGGCUGGAAAAUCAAUUUGUACAUUGACCAAUCACAAAAAAAGUGUACGAGAUGUAGUUUUCCAUCCAACACUAAACAUGUUUGCUUCCGCUUCACCAGACAAUAUCAAACAGUGGAAAUGCCCCGACGGAAAGUUCAUCCAAAACCUCUCGGGUCAUAAUACAAUCAUCAACUGUCUAGCUGUCAAUCCAGAGGGAGUUUUGGUAUCCGGUGGUGAUAAUGGUACCCUUCACUUCUGGGAUUGGCGUACAGGUUAUAAUUUUCAAAGAUUACAAGCUCCUGUCCAGCCUGGAUCAAUGGAUAAUGAAGCUGUUAUAUUUUCAAUGACGUUCGAUAAUUCUGGAUCAAGACUGAUUACAACAGAAGCUGAUAAAACUAUUAAAAUUUAUAAAGAAGAUGAUACUGCUACCGAAGAGAGUCAUCCUAUUAACUGGAAGCCCGAUAUACUUAAGAGAAGAAAGUUUUAAAUAAGUUAAUUUGUAAUAAAAAGACAAAAGAUGAAAAGUGGUAUACUGUUUUUAAAAUUAUUAUUAUGUAUUUCUUAAAUUUUUUAUUGUAACAAUUAUAUAACAGUGAACCUAUUGGUUAUUAGCAUUCCUUUUUAUGUUUAAUACAUACUUGUCAAUAAAUUCUUCUGACAAUGAAAAAA